AUGUACAUACGACAGACUACCGCGGCUUUGUUGAAGGUUGGAGAGGGCAGCAGCAAGCGAGCGCGGCGGGCGGCGAGGCACCACGUGGAGGCGCACCGCGGUUUCGAAGCGCGUGUGAACUCUCGAUUGGAGUGCGCGUGCGUGACUUGUCGACUUGCCUCCUCCCGCACUCUCCCUCCCGUACUGAUAUUUUGUGUCUGCCCGUCUAGGACAAUGUAUAUGUUA